UGCAAAUGUCACUGUCAGUGUCAGCCAACGUAAAAGUGAGUGUGAGUUUAGUCACUCAUGCAAGUAAUUAAACUUAAUUAUUUUAAUUCACUGAGUUCCAAUACAUUUUUCUGAUUUCUCGUCAGUCUAAAAGUCAUAGAAGAUUUUGAUAAUUGCUAUAAAAUCUACUCACCUGCAAGUUCCUACAUAAAUUAUGAAGAAUAAAUUCAUAUAAUUACAGCUGGUUUAAUGUGACGUGAAGAAUUUGUUAAAUAUUGUAAAAAUGCCUAUUCGAAAAGAGGUGUUUUGGAUUGUUAUAAUAUGUAUAAUAAGUCAAUGUUAUGGAGAACACUCGAAGACCGCGAUAUCAAGUGAACAGAGAAGUAUAAACACAUUAUAUGCCGAAACGAACGUGCAAAGAAAUUCAAAUCCCAAAUAUAACAGCGAUGCAGAAUAUAUUCUAUCAAGGUCAAAACGAGCUAGUAUACAAAAUGAGAGUGUUUCGAGCGCAAGUGAAUCAACCUUGAAUAGUUCAAUUACAAAUUCUACACCAAGUUCCUCAACUGAAAGUUCAAAUACUGUCACAGAAAAGAAUGACUCGAUCCUGUCGGUUGUAUUAGUAAAUAUAUCUUCCUCGUCAGGUCCAAAUGCUUCAGUUGUUAGCCCAUCUGAUGCAGCACCUCUACCUGAAAAAAGUUCUGCUGAAGAUGAACACAAUAGUUCCAUGUCAAUCUUCUUUGUGUUAUGUGUUUUAGCACUUGGCAUUCUACUGAUUCAUCUCAUGCUCCAAACUGGAUUUUCAUAUCUUCCAGAGAGUGUGGUAAUAGUGUUUCUGGGUGCUUUAAUUGGAAUGAUUAUAAACUUGAUGUCUAUCAGAAAUAUUGCCAAUUGGAGGAAGGAGGAAGCAUUCUCACCUACAGCCUUCUUUUUAGUUCUUUUGCCUCCAAUUAUUUUUGAAUCUGGUUAUAAUUUACACAAGGGUAACUUUUUUCAAAAUAUUGGCUCAAUAUUAUUGUUUGCUAUAGUUGGAACUGCAAUAUCAGCCUUUGUGAUUGGUGCAGGAAUAUAUCUUUUGGGAUUAGCUCAAGUUGUAUAUAAAUUAAGUUUUGUGGAAUCAUUUGCCUUUGGUUCCCUGAUAUCAGCUGUGGACCCGGUUGCAACGGUGGCAAUAUUCCAUGCUCUUGAUGUUGAUCCGGUACUCAACAUGUUGGUGUUUGGGGAAAGCAUACUAAAUGAUGCAAUUGCUAUUGUAUUGACCACUGCAGUUUUGGAUUCUAAUGAUCCUCUUAUGUCUACUGGGGAAGCAAUUCUGUCAGCAAUAAAUAGAUUCUGGUUAAUGUUUUUUGCAUCAGCUGGCAUAGGAGUCUUAUUUGCACUAGUAAGUGCACUUCUAUUGAAACAUGUUGAUCUUAGAAAAAAUCCAUCUCUUGAAUUUGGCAUGAUGUUAGUGUUCACAUAUGCACCUUAUGUAUUGGCAGAAGGAAUCCAUUUAUCAGGAAUUAUGGCAAUACUAUUUUGUGGAGUAGUAAUGUCUCACUACACACAUUUCAACCUAUCGACGGUGACACAGGUCACUAUGCAGCAGACUAUGAGAACACUGGCUUUCAUUGCUGAGACCUGCGUCUUUGCUUAUUUAGGAUUAGCCAUAUUCAGUUUUCGUCACCGUGUGGAGCCAGCCUUAGUAGUGUGGAGUAUAGUUAUGUGUCUAGUUGGUAGAGCUGCUAACAUUUUUCCACUGGCUUUACUCUGCAAUAAAUUCCGUGAACACAAGAUAACUAAGAAAAUGAUGUUUAUCAUGUGGUUUAGUGGUCUGAGAGGUGCUAUUUCCUACGCUUUGUCACUUCAUUUGGGUUUCUCUGACGAAACACGACAUGUGAUUAUUACUACUACCCUUAUAAUCGUUUUAUUCACGACUUUAUUCUUUGGCGGAUCUACGAUGCCGUUAUUAAAGUUUUUGCGAGCUAACAAGAAAACGAAACGCUCGAGAUCACAGCGUAAGCAGAAGGAAGUGAGCUUGUCCAAAACAAAGGAGUGGGGCCAAACUAUAGACUCAGAACAUUUGUCUGAGAUUACUGAAGAGGAACUAGAGGUUAACUAUUCUCAUACAACGCGAUUGAGAGGAUUUGUGAGGCUAGAUAUGAAGUAUUUGACGCCAUUCUUCACAAGGAGAUUCACGCACCAGGAAUUAAAAGAUUGCAAAAGCCAAAUGACAGAUCUAACAAACCAGUGGUAUCAAGCUAUUAAAAUAUCAAAUGAUCGAGAAACGGAUGAAGAGGAGAGUUUGCAUCAAAGUUCACAUUCCAAUUCACGCACCAGUCUUCAACGUGGAGUGUAGAUAAACAAGAAUGUAAUUGUGUAUUGCAAUUAAUGAGAUAGCAUUAACAGCCGCUGGUUCAAAUAUAAUGGUCUCAUAUCUUACAAAUAGAAUAGUAUUUAGUAUGAAGUAUUUGGAAACCUGAGAUGAGAUAUUUCUUUAUCAGAACAUUUUUAUUAUUUGCUAUACAGAUAAUGCACAUUUUUGGCAUUCAUUUUAUGGUGCUUUUGUUAUUGACACAAAUGUUACAUAUUGCAAGGGACAAUGGUACAAUUUUAGUAACAUUGCAUUAGGAAAAAGUUUAUACCUAUUUAAUCAUAUCUUACUAGUUAAUAUUGGCUAUAUUUAAUUUUAUUUUACAUUAAGUUCUAUGACUAUUAUUGUAUUUAUAUUUCAUUUGUGAUUCCUAUUUAGUCAUUAUGUGAUAUAUUCAAGUAUUGAGAUAGAUCUAGGGUAUUAUUACUAAAUGUGGGCACCAAAGAUUAAGUUUUUAGAAAACUAUUAUUACAUAUUGCUUAGUUGAUUGCUCACAAUUCAUCAAUGUCAUUAUUGCAGUAGUUUAGCUAUGAGUACUAAGUCAGAAUUGAGUUGAUCGAGAAACGGAUGAAGAGGAGAGUUUGCAUCAAAGUUCACAUUCCAAUUCACGCACCAGUCUUCAACGUGGAGUGUAGAUAAACAAGAAUGUAAUUGUGUAUUGCAAUUAAUGAGAUAGCAUUAACAGCCGCUGGUUCAAAUAUAAUGGUCUCAUAUCUUACAAAUAGAAUAGUAUUUAGUAUGAAGUAUUUGGAAACCUGAGAUGAGAUAUUUCUUUAUCAGAACAUUUUUAUUAUUUGCUAUACAGAUAAUGCACAUUUUUGGCAUUCAUUUUAUGGUGCUUUUGUUAUUGACACAAAUGUUACAUAUUGCAAGGGACAAUGGUACAAUUUUAGUAACAUUGCAUUAGGAAAAAGUUUAUACCUAUUUAAUCAUAUCUUACUAGUUAAUAUUGGCUAUAUUUAAUUUUAUUUUACAUUAAGUUCUAUGACUAUUAUUGUAUUUAUAUUUCAUUUGUGAUUCCUAUUUAGUCAUUAUGUGAUAUAUUCAAGUAUUGAGAUAGAUCUAGGGUAUUAUUACUAAAUGUGGGCACCAAAGAUUAAGUUUUUAGAAAACUAUUAUUACAUGUUGCUUAGUUGAUUGCUCACAAUUCAUCAAUGUCAUUAUUGCAGUAGUUUAGCUAUGAGUACUAAGUCAGAAUUGAGUUGCAUUGUGACAAAAGUUACACUAUAAUAUUUAGUUGGGCUAUACUGUAGUAUUUGGUUGUGUGAUGUAAAAUACACAUUAAAUGUGAUUUAGUAACUAUAGGUAUUUUUAAAUAAUAAUAAAUGUACUUAAGUGUUGUUAGUUAAUUAGCUUUAAUUUUAUCAUAAUUUUCUUUGUGAAACAAUGUUUCUUCAUAUUCAUAGUUAAUUUAAAACAAAUGACUUUCAGUUUCAGCUAAAAAUGUAAUUAUUGGAUACAUGGUGUCAUAUUAAUUUAUAGCAAAAUAUAUUUUGAAAUGUAUUCGAAAAUAUACUAUUAUACUAGGUAUUAUAAAAUAAAAAUAUUAUUCUUUAUUUUCAAUGUUUAGCCUUAUAUUUAUUAUUACAAUGUUAGAGGGCUUUGUUUUAAAGAACAAUGUAGCGACAUGUGAGCCAGGCAAAGCCAAGAUUACAUAAUUAUUAUUUGUGAUAUUUAAAUAUCUUAAGCAGCUGGACUAUGUUUAAUAUGGUAAUACUGACUUAGGCAGUUGUCCCACCAACGGCGAGUGAACGACUAACUAUCGGCUAUUUUCUCGCUCAAGAAACGUACAAUAGAUAUACUUUCCGUGUAAACAAAAGAGAUGCAUAUACAAAUAGUUGAUCGCUGACUGUUCACACUGCCGGCGAGUGCUCGCUUCACUUGUUUGUUUUUGUUUUCACUAGUUUCUAGUUCUAGCUCUACUCGUUACUCGUUCAUCGUUGCCGGUGGGACAACUGCCUUAAUAAUAAAUAUUUGUAUUACAUGCA